AUGAACACGAUAGCGAAGCGAGUCACGGGACUACUGACUCGGUCGAGUCACACUCAGCUGCAGCAGGAACGAGGCAUAAGAGUGAAGGUGUUCUCAGGGGAUCUAGACAAGGCCCUGACGAUAUUGCAGAGGAAGAUGCAGUCGAGCGGGAUGGAGAGGCUGAUAAAAGCGCAGCAGACGCAUCACAUAAAGAACUCAGAGAAGAAGGUUCUCGCUAGGAAGAAUCUUGAACGAAAGAUCAAAUCCAUUGACUUUGCUCGUAAACUCCAGUCCAUCCUCAUCAAGAAAGUCAGCUUCUUCAUGUCUCAUCAUCAUCACUAUGAAACCAACCCUCAUUUCGCACGCCUUCCAUCUCAGAAUCAACACCUCAAAGGUGGUGGUGCUUCAACCUCACAAACACCCCCACAUCAAACCUCAAAAUCUCACCCAAAAGCUGCUGCACCAGGAAUCCAAAUCAAGCCUCGUGAUCGCCACGGUAAACGACCAGUCCACGAACCACCUCACACCGUAAUACCUGUACCGUUAAAACCAGAAGAAAGACUACCACCGAGGGAAACUCCAAACUCUUCCAAAAUACCAGUACUAUCAAGCCCUGAGGAGAAACAACCACGAAAGGAAAAUCCAAACUCUGCUAAAAGACCAUUACUAUUAAGCCCUGAAGGUCACCAUCAACAACAACAACAACACUCUCCACCACCACAAGCACCACGCGGUUACGCAACAUCAUUACCUCCAAUAGCCAAACCAACUCCAUGGAGAACCGCUCCAACACCAUCACCACAUCGCCGUGGUCGCCAACGGACACCACCACCACCUCCUUCAAGAGACCAAACAAACACAGCAACAUGGUCAGCUGCAUUCUGCUGUGCAAUUUUCUGGAUCAUUCUUAUCCUCAGCGGUCUAGUCGUCUUAAUAGUCUACCUAGUGUACCGUCCACGCUCUCCUCACAUCGACAUCUCAACAGCUAACCUAAACGCUGCUUAUCUCGACAUGGGGUUUCUUCUAAACGGAGACCUAACCAUGUUAGCGAACUUCACAAACCCAAACAAGAAAAGCAGUGUAGAGUUCAGCUCUUUGACGUUUGAUCUUUACUAUUACAACACUCUUAUAGCGACUUCCUACGUUGCGCCUUUCAAGGUUCCUAAGAAAAUGUCGGCGUUUACGAGUGUUCAUCUAGUGAGCAGUCAAGUGCAGCUCGAGCCAACGCAGAGCAGGGAGCUGCAGCGUCAGAUUGAAACAGGUCCGGUUUUGUUGAACCUGAGAGGAACGUUUCACGCACGUUCGAACUUAGGGGCGUUGUUUAGGUACUCUUAUCGGUUGCAUACUCAUUGCAGCUUUUCUUUGAAUAGUCCUCCUUCAGGAACUAUGCGAGCUAGACGAUGCAGUACCAAACGCUGA